AUGCUCGUACUAUAUACGCUGCUAGAGUUUGCUGCACCAGGUAAUGAGCAUUGCCAGCCUGUAUCUCUACUGGAGAAGGCUCUUCGCCUCAAGACCUUUAUGGGAAUGAUCUAUGCUCCUUUAAAGGUGCUUGCAUUUUAUGGAAAACGACGGGGGGAAGUAAUCGACAAGAAAGCCGACAGGAAAGACCCGAAGUUGCCUUUCCGAACAACGAGUUUGCGGAUCGAAGCCGAUGGCAAGGAAGUUUCAAUGAUCAAAAAGUGUACAGUUGUUUAA